GACUGUCAGGCAACCUAUCGAGCUGUGGAUGCGAAAUCUCGUGGAACAGAUUUGUUUGAUGGUUCUCGACCGGACCCGUAUGCAGAAUUGGGUUUGAUUGUCCCCUAUCGUCCCAAAUGUGAUCCGGGGAGGCCUCAUCUAUUUCAGGCGAGACAGUGCAGCGAGCAUGACUGUUUCUGUGUCAAUGUUACUACGGGUGCCGUACUUUUGGGUACACGGGCUAGUCCAUCUGAAGUUGGGAAUUGUUCAGCUGCUAUUUAUUCAAUCCUUUUGGCCAUAAGAACAACGACUGCAUCCACCCCAUUGGCGUUGGAUAGUCUUCAAACAGAAAAAGACUUAUACCCUCGCCCGAUGGACAAUCGUUUGGAUGACACCAAUCUGACUCCGGAACAGGAUAUGAACUGGCGUCGACGAAUUCGUGAUAGUCUAGAAAGCAUACUGCAAUCAGCCAUUGGAUAUCAGCGUAUCUUCAGUGUCAGUCCGCUAGUCACCAUACCCACGACUACGGGGAACCGGGCAACGAGCGGUCAUGGUGGUUUGUUAUACUACCGGGCACAUUUGAUCUCAAUUGGGCAUACAUCGCUUCAAGCUCCACAGGACUUAGUUCAGCAUCGUCUACACGAGGGCUAUUUACCCGAAGUGGGAAACGUCGAUCGAGAUAUUAGUCGAAUCGAAUUGACGCAUGCCAGCGUAACUGAUCCUUCCUCUCUGGCCAUUUGGAAUACACCGGAACAAUUUCCAUCUUCGAGUUUUCACUCGUCCAAGAGCAUUGCUUCGGAUGAGGCCAAACCGGGCACUUCGAAAAUCAUGAGUGUGCGCAGUCCCAAUCCCGACGCUUUUGCCCCAGCUGCUCCUGCUCCUGCUGUAGCAUCUCCCAUGGCAGCAGAAUAUCCGGGUCGAAAAGUUGAGCGGGACUAUCGGCAAUUACCGCUGAUGGAAGACGAUGGUCGAUUGACGGAAGCAGUGAUUGCAGCCAGGCAGUCCGCGGUUGAGUCUCUGCAUCAGCCCUGGGCGGCCCGUGCCUCUCGAGUGAAUAUUCUACGUCAACCAGGCGUGAUUGCAGGAAUCGUUGGCAGUGCGGUCGUGGUUCUGCUCCUGUUGAUCUUACUAAUUUUGUUCUGUAUAUAUCGUCUUAGAAAACGAGACGAGGGCUCGUACGCGUUGGAUGAACCGAAAAAGACACCGAACGUGAACUCCUAUCAAAGAGCACCUACGAGAGAAUUUUACGCUUGA